GUCAUCUGAUCACACACACAUAUCUUACAAAGAGCAGAGGAAGAGAAAGAGAGGGAGAGAUGUGUGCAUGAUGGAGUACAAUAGGAAGUCAGAUGACAUUAUAAUUUCUACCCUGCAAAUUCAAGUUGAUGAUGUCAAAAAUGUUAUCACCCAAAAUGUUGAUAAGGUUUUGCAAAGAGCAGAAAAGCUGAGUGACCUUGCUGACAGAACAGAUGAUCUCCAAAUAGCGGCUCAUUCUUUCCAAAAAACCACCAAAAAGAUUUCCAGGAAGAUGUGGUGGAAAAAUGCCAAAAUGAUGAUAAUUAUUGGAGUCAUUCUACUUAUUAUUUUAAUAUUUAUCAUUCUCCUAGCUACAGGUGUUAUUCCAACAUAAACUUUUAAAUUUUUUUUUUGCUAAGCACACAAUUUUUAUAAAUUGUAUUUUAAAAUUAUUCUAGAGCACAAAUAUUUACAGUGUCAUUUUGUAUAUUGUUCAAAAACUACUGAACCAUUAACAACUGGUUGCUUGCAUUCUUUAAAGUAAUCUACUACAG